GCCUGACAUAAAUUUCCAACUGAAGCCAUCCAAAUAGAAUUACAAUUUUACAAAGAAGACCCACCCCUCACCAUGUCGGCCAAUUUGUGUAAAAUUGUCCAGUUUAGUCUUACCAAAGAGAUGUCCACCUGAAAUACCCAAAUAGGGUGGUUUAGCCGUUAUGAAAACCAUGGUCUCGAACCACUUGGUCUACUAUUAUGUGGUCAAAGGACAGCAUCCGACUUGCUUGUGGGCCUAUCAGGACCCGGGACUCGAGUUUAAAGUGGAAAGGUUGAAAAGGUUUGAACUUUGAAGGUGAAAAGAGAACAAGAUUCCAAUUCUAAUAAACGAACGGUAAGCAGACAUCCCCUGGCUGAUCCGUCAAUCACGGCGUCCGCCUUCUCAUGAAAUCCCGACCGUCCUUCCCCUCCACCUUAUCGUGCCCCCCAUCUUUUCCUUCCGUCUUUCUCUUCUCCCGAGGUGGACUCCCUCCAACCAAAUCAAGCCCCUUUGGCCGCGUGUCGUUAAUAUAUUGGUUCUAUCACCAAUCCCGUGAAUAGCACCAAGAUCUCGUGUCAUAUCGCGUGGAGCCCCGAAGCAGAACUUCCUGGAUUUUGAUCUCCAGUUCAAAUCCCAACCGUCCAUCUCAAUGACCCCGAUUCCCGUUGUUUUCUCGGCCCCCGUUUUUUUUUUUUUUUUAUAAGCCAUUAGGAAAUUCCCUGGAAAAGGGAGCGAAGCAAGGGGCGCGGCUGGCGUGGGACCCUCACCGCACCUCUAGCGGUAACCUACUCCGCCGACAAACCAUGAACCUCAAAUCCGCCUGCACUGGCACCCCGCCCAUCGAACGAUUAUGCGACCAAUCCGACGGUUCGAGCACACAGUAGAGGGUGGAGUACUCUAUACUAAACCUAAGACGAGGAGUAGCGUAACACCGAGUGAGUAAAACUCUAGCGGAAAAUUACAAGAAUGCCAUGCCGUCUCGACUCGAUUUGGUUUCCGCCAUUUCUUCUUUCUUCCUCGCAAGUCGCAUCCUCUGUCCUCCCUCUUUAUCUCCUUCUCCGCUCUCAUCUGCCGACCACCUUUACUCCUCAGAAAGACCCGUUCUUUUCUCUUUCCACGUACUCUCUGCAAAGCCCAUCCUAACUCUCAUCCUAACCCUAAACCUAGCUCCAAAAAGCUUAAUCCUCGCUCGCUCGCCAUGGCGGAGGACGACGAAAAGUGACGCCGGAGCGAAGGUGGUGGAAUUGGGAAGGGAGGGACGAAGAGGUUUCGGACUGGAAUGGCCGCGGAGAACGGGGAGGAGAAGCUGCUCGCCGCCGUCCGCCACAUCGCCAAGACGCUGGGCCGGACGGAGACCAUGGCCGACGACAUCCUCCAGAUCUUCUCCACCUUCGACGGCCGCUUAUCCCGCGAGAAGCUCUCCGAGAAACAGCUCGACGAUGGCAGCCUCGCCAGCGACGGCGUCGCCUGGGAUGACCGCCUGUCGCUCUCGUCAAUCGACCGGACGCUCCGGUCUCUAGACCGCCAGAUCUCCCUGUUCGCGUGUUCGGAACGCCCGAUCUGGUCCGACUCCGCUGACGCGUCGGCGUUUCUUGAGGCUGUGGACGAUCUUUUGGCCACGAUCCAUGACCUCGACACGCCGGCUCCGGGGAACAAGCCACUGCUCGAACGGGCGGAUCAUCUCCUCCAGAAAUGCAUGCUCCGGCUUGAGGACGAGUUCCGCUCGCUGAUUAAUCGGUCCAACGGGGGACUGCCGUUGGAUGCGGCGGCGACGGGGUCGGCGCCGUUCGAUUCCGAGGGGGACGACAGCGAUGGCGACGACGGCCGGGUCCCGGUGGCCCACCCAGUAACGGACUACGACCUCGUCAUCGACGCGCUCCCUCCGGGCACCAUCUCCGACCUCCACGAGAUCGCGCGGCGGAUGGCCGCCGCCGGCUUUGGCCAGGAAUGCGCCGAGGUCUACGCCCUCGCCCGCCGGGACUUCGUCGAGGAGAGCGUCGCCCGGCUCGGGCUCCACACCAGGACCACCGAGGAGGUUCGGAGCACGCCCUGGACGGACCUUGAGUACGAGAUUGCCCGCUGGAUCAAAGCCCUCAACAUGGUCUUCCGCAUCCUCAUCCCUAGCGAGCGCCGCCUCUGUGACCGGAUCUUCGCCGGCCUCCCCCCAUUCGCGGACCUCGCCUUUGCCGCGGUCUCCCGCGCUCCAGCGAUCCAGCUCCUCUCCUUCGCCGAUGUCGUCGCGAUCAGUAGCCGGGCACCGGAACGCCUUUUCCGCGUGGUCGACAUGUUCGAGGCCGUCCGGGACCUCAUCCCCGACCUCGACCCUCUCUUCUCCGACCAGUACUCCACCAUCCUCCGGACGGAGGCCGCCGCCGUCUUUAAGUCCCUGGCGGUGGCGAUCCGGGGUAUCUUCGUGGAGUUGGAGAAUCUAAUCCGGAGAGAUCAGGCGCGCGCCGCAGUGCCCGGCGGCGGCCUCCACCCGAUCACCCGCUACGUGAUGAACUACCUCCGGGCGGCGUGCUCCUUCCGGCGAACAGUCGAGGAGGCCAUGGAGGAGGACGCCGGGACCUCCGUCCCGCCCGAUCCGGACCGUCCGUCCUCCUCCCUGGCGCUCCAGAUCGCGUGGAUCAUGGACGUCCUCCAUGGGAAUCUCGAGGAGAAGUCCAAUAUCUAUCGGGAGCCAUCGCUGCGCUGCAUCUUUCUGAUGAACAACGGCCGGUACAUCAUCCAGAAGGUGCGGUACAGUGAGCUGGGUGUACUCCUCGGGGAGGACUGGAUCAGACGGCAGGUGGCGAGGAUCCGGCUAUGGGGAAGUGAGUACCAGAGGGCUACGUGGAGCAAGGUGAUCGCGGUGCUGCGGACGGACGGCGCUUCCGGGUCGGCGUCGGUGGCGGCGCAGGCGAUGCGGGAGCGGCUUCGGGUUUUUAACGCGUACUUCGACGAAAUAUGCCGGGCGCAGACCGGGUGGGUGGUGCCGGACGAGCAGCUGAGGGCGGAGCUGAGGAUAUCGGGGUCGGAGCUGGUACUGCCGGCGUAUCGGAAUUUCUUGGGGCGGUACCGGAACUUGGCGGAGGCAGGGAAGCACACGAAGAAGUACGCCAAGUAUAGCGCGGAGGACGUGGAGGCGAGGAUUGGGGAGUUGUUCGAGGGGACGGGGAAGAGAUCGUAGAGGAAUUAGAUAAAAUAUAGGGCUUUGGGUAUUUUUAGGACGUAAUUUUGUGUGAAAUGGUUGUGAUGUUUGUAGUUAAUUUGAAUUGGAGCGAUUGGAUUGUAGUUGUUGUGUGUAUAUUAGGGGUGGAAUGCCCAAAGAGAUACUAACUGUGAAAUACGUUCGUCAUCUAUUUUAUGUUAGUCAUCGAUUCUCGUUGAAACCGACUGAUUUUGUGCCGACUACAUUCUUUCUAAGAACGCCACCCCAUGAACAGCUGGGAUUCUUCUUUGCUCUUUUUUGGUUUGCAGUUGGUGGAAAACAUGAGGAGUUUGGUGCAUCCGAAAUUACCGCAUCAGCGCUCCUGGACUGUGUUGCAUGAGAACCGAACGAGCGAGAAGCAUGAUGAUGAUGUUGUCUUGGUUGUUGAAUUUGUUAGUGUUGCUUGAGCGGUUCAGUUCGGCAGAGCCCUGGCCGCCUCCAAUCUCUCGCCUCUCCUGAGUCUCCUCCCACUCCACGCAUCUGCAUCCCGGGAACCACCACUCUCCCCCGCCUCCCUCGUCCUCCAACCCCUCGCUCGACGGCACAGGAGGGAUGGCGAUGGCGAGGGUGAGCUUCGGCCCCAUAUAUCUCGGGAGGUUCUAGGCCGCCACCGCCUACACCGGAUUCGGUGGAUCUCCAACUUCUCCUCCAAUGGAGAUUCCUGAUGCAGCUAAGUUCCAAGAAUGUGGUCUGCAAUAUGCUAUGAAGUUGGAUAGGUUAUUUAAAGAUACUAGUGCUACUGGGGAGGGGGCCUGGGCACCAGCUUUAGCGGUGCAAGAGAAUGUUGAGAGCACAGUUGGAGCAAAUGAGAGGUGUCUACACCAAUCCAAGAAAUGCAAGAAGGUAGGGGGUGCUGCACAACUAUCUCAGCAAUUGAGUCGUCUUAUUGAUGCAGUGGAGAAGAGCAGUACAAUGUCAUCCAAGAUGAUUGAUAAAUCUGGAUGUAGUAUCGAUGAGGUGAUGGGCUUGGUGCAUUCUAUGCCUGAGAUGGUAGAACAACCUGAACUGAUUCUGAUUGCUGCUGAGGUGCUCCUUAAAAGAGAACAUCGAGAGAUGUUUGUAGCCCUCAAAGAUACUUAUCUUCAGAUUGAAUGGCUUAAGCGAAUGUCAAAGCUACGGAAGUAGUUGUUUAUGUAUUAUUAUGGUGAUAUGUUUUGUAGUUUUAAUUAUGAACUUCUAUUGCAGAAUUAUGGUGAACUAUAUGUAUCUGUGUUAUGUCUUGGAUGCUAUUGAUUUUAUGGAUAUUAUAUUAUAUUA